AUGGCCAUCCCGCCCACAAACUCGACCGACGAUAAACUCUCCUCCCUCUGGCACGCCGCCUGCACCGACUACGCCAAUGAAACCGGCACCAUGCUCGGCGACGAGGAACUGCGGGGCCUCCGUGGCCCCGAAGACCUCUCGCGGCAGCUAGAAUUCGAAAAGGACAAUUUCGAGGACUUUCGCAUGAAGCGACGCCCACUUCUCCAUGCGAUGCAGACUGUGCUCGCCCCCUUUGAGAACUGGGGCGAUCUCAUCGCGGGCGCUGUGGCUGCGGCGUUCCCGCCGGCGUCGUCGAUCAUGGGGGCGAUGUUGCUGGUUGUACGUGGGGCAAGGAGAGUAAGUGAGUCGUUUGAUAUGGUUACGGAUUUGUUUCGCAACCUAGGCCAUUUUGCGUUGCGGCUGGAUUCAUAUAAGGGCGUGCCGCUGAGUGAGGGAAUGAAGGUGAUUAUUGUCAAGGUGUUGGUGAAUUUGCUGCGUGUCUGUGCGGCGUCCCAGAAACUGUUGCGCAAAGGGUCGCUGAAAGCGAGGCUGACGAAGUGGGCGAAGAAUGUGAUCGCGGAAGAUACAGAGGUCAGUUCGCUCCUAGCCGAGCUGGAGGAGCUGACGAGCCAAGAGAAUAUGAUGGUUUCGGCGCAUGGGCUGAAGUUAACCCAUCAGGCGCUCAGGAAUACGGAGGAAUUGCUUGAGAGGGAUGAUCGUAGGCAUGAUCGGGAGAAGUUAGAGAAGGUAAAGGCUGCCCUACAACCAGUAUCCGGGUCAAGCCAAGUUUUCUCUUUCAUCAACGAGAAUCGUAUCCCUGGGUCAGGGAUCUGGAUAGAGGACAUGCUUCGGACUUGGUGGCAGGGAAAUCAGCCUCUUCUUUGGCUUCAUGGUGGUCCUGGAGUGGGCAAGUCCCAUCUCGCGUCCAAAAUUAUCACGGGCUUUGCCAGUGGAGAAUUUUCUGGCACUGCCCCUCUGGUAGCGUCUUUCUUCUGCAGGAACAACGAUGUUGAUCUACGCUCCAUCAACAAGGCUUUGCGUACCUUGGCAUGGCAGGUUGCCACACAAAGCCCAAGCUUCGCAACUCAUGUUGAGGAAUUCUGUUUGAAAGAAGACGCUGAAAAUACCUAUACCUUGUGGGGAAAACUGCUGCUCAAGCACCUCGCUAAUGCGCCAUCAGCGGAAACGUGCUUCGUCAUUGACGGCCUCGAUGAGGCAGAGCUGGAGGAAUUGGAGGUCCUUGGUAGCCUACUGGAGAAGGCUUUUUCAGAAGAUGACUCGAAGACAAGGCCAUCUUUACGUAUUGUACUGCUGAGCAGGGAAUCAGUGCGCCCCAUGCUCGAAGAACACUCACUGGACUGGAUCCCGGAUAUUGAAAUCGGUAAUAAUGAGAACAAGGACGAUCUUCACGAAUAUGUCUCACAAAAACUACAAAAGACUAGAUUGUUUCGCGCGGCGCCGCACCUCCAAGAGGAGAUUGUCCAGGAGAUCAGCCGGGAAGCUGAAGGUCUCUGGGAAUGGGCCAAUCUGGUCAUCAAAGCUGUCCUGCGCUGUAGGACUAAAGAGCAGAUCCAGAAAACCGUCAGGUCUACCCCGCGUGGAAUCAGCGCGAUGUUGAGCCAAGAGCUGCAGCGCCUGAGCAGAGAGUUGUCACUACCAGACGAAAUGUCCUAUGGCGAGUACUCCAUCGAGGAAGCCGCAACGCAGAUUGACCAGUUGAAUGUCCUGCUCUCCUUCGUGACGCUCGCGCAAAAACCACUGAAUGUGCAGCAGCUCAAUACGAUGCUACAUAUCAUCUUCAAAGAAGAGGUCUUGAACCUUGAGGAUGAUAUCCGCAGCUUGUACUCAUCACUCUUUCAGAUCCGACAUACCACAGACGAAUAUGGCUUUGAGCAGGAUUUUGUGAUCCUAAGACAUAGCUCAUUUUACGAGUAUUUCAGGACAUCGCAAGAGUCCGGGUCGAUUCAUGUCAAUGUCGAACAAACCGAGGCCAACUUCGUAUAUGUUAUCCUCCAGACGUUCCGCGAGGUCCACAAGCCAGAGUCCGACAUAGGCCCCGAAGAUAUAUACUUAGGAGACCUCAGACCGUAUGCUGAGAAAUUCCUGCCAUCGCAUUUAGUGCGUGCCAAUCCUGAAAUGGCAGGGAAGCGACGUGAAGAUAUUUCAGCACUUUUUGAAGAUUUGUUCGUCCAGGAAAAACAUAUGAACUGGUUGGUUGAAGUCAUACAAAUGAGGGACUAUGCCAAGUACUGCUUCUAUCCUUCAUCUCGCGUAUCGGACACCGGGAAGUUCUGGUUGAAUGCCGAAGAUCGGGUCACUGCAAAUAGAAGGGCAGAGUUGGUCCUGAGCUGGCUUCUCCCGGAGACGAAACAGCGCUUCGAAGACAAUGCCCGUUUAUCGGAAGAGGCAAACGACACAUGCCUAUUUACGGUGCUCUUCUCCUUCAUGGUGCGGACCUGGUUCCGUCUUUGGCUAGCCCCGGAUAAAAUCAAUGAGGAGGAUGGCUGGCCUGCUGCCCUUCCGCGUUUGUUGAAAGUAUAUUAUGCAAUGGCGGCAGUAGAUAAGGGAUUGGGCGAAGACGACGAAACGAGGAAACUACUAGGAAUGACCUGGGGCAACACUGACGUGUCCGUGAUCAUGGAAGCCGCCGAGCUACAAAAGUUUGAGCAUGCAGCCAUGUGGCAUGCCAGGGUCGCCCAGGCACUGCUCUUGCAAUACCACCAUCGAGAAGCGCGUGAGCAAUUCCACGUCACGCUUGGCCUUGAUAAAAAAGCAAAUACCCUUGACCAUCAGGAACUCUCCGUCGUACAUAGAGAUUUGGCUCGCGCAUGUACUGAAAUAGGGAGACACGCGGAGGCAUUGAACCAUAUGGAACUCGCAGAAAUGAUGCGGAUGCCGAGGGACGAUUAUGGUUCGGACAAGGAUCGAGUCGGCCGAUUGCUGAACACGGCGCAAUUGAAGUAUCGUGCAAAACAAAGAGACAAUGCAAUCGCCAUAGCAAAUGAAGCUUGGCAGGAGCUGUUGGCAACGAAGGAAGACUGGUGGUAUCCUGACUUCCUUUCCUUCUUCGAUAUUUUCCUUGAGCUGCAAACCCCACAGCAUCUUGGGACCGUUUUAGACUGCGCAGCUGAGCAUUUUGAAGGGGCCAGUUCAAAAAGACCGAAGGAUAUGAAUUUCGCAGACUACAUCUUCGAAGUUUUCACCGAACGGCCGCAUACCAUGUACAGGGUGUUUCAGUAUGCUUUGAAAGAGAAGGAUCAGGAUCGCCUGGCUCAUCUUGCGAGGACCAUGGAGAGAAUCGAUACCCUACCAGGAGAGCGUCAUAAUAUCGCCAAUCUUAAAUAUCUCAUCGCAACGGUGUUAUUCGACAAGGGACACUUAGACCUGGCGGUUCAAGGAUGGUGUCAAGUCCUCAACCACGCCAAUUGUGCUACUGACUCUGCCCGGAAUGCCGAAAAUAAUCGCGGGCGCUCACUGGCCCACCUGGUGGAAUUGUGCCUGAGUGGCACCGAGAUCUCUUUCUGUGGAAGCUUCCCGAUCAUGUUGGACACUGCGGCUGAGUCGGGUGACGCCUGUCUGGUUAUCUCGAGCUGGCUUCUGAACCAUGGAGAUCCCAACAAUGCCAGACAUGCUCUCCGCGGUCGCGUUAAAGCAUGCAUCGCCUUGCUAUCAGACGAUGAUCCUACAAAUGACGAGAUCGCUUUCAUAGCUCUUCUCAAGACAUUCCUGGUUGAUCCAGGUAGCGAGGAAGAUCUCGGUGCGGCGUUGUAUUGGAUCAAGCGAGAGAACGAGCGGUUGAUUAAGGUAUACUAUAACGAGGAGCGUGAUGUCAGGAAAUCCAAAGACGGGUUGGAGCUAUUGGACACGCUGGGCGAGAUUCAUAUAGAAAACGAUGGCGAAGACAUGAAUAGUACCGACGGUCUUGACGACUUAGAUAUUUGGUUCAUAUGCGAUCCACUGACGAGAUGCUCGAUUUGCAUGCAGGAGAUAACGAGUAUCCACGGCUGGUACUAUUGUCGCUCUUGCCCGUACAAGACGUGCUGCCGCGAGUGCUCCGGCAAGCUUCGGUGGAUUGCCAACAGCUCUGAUCUAUCCAAAUGCCCUGGUAUUUGCGAUGAUGAACACGAUUUCUUCUAUACUGGUGGGCUUAUUCGACUGUCCGAGCGUGUUCCGGAAGGCAUGGUACCGGUGGUAUCUUCAGAUGGGGAUAGAUAUGCUACUUGGAUUGAGGACUGGAAGGAUAGGCUUGCGGAGAAGUGGGAAACUGCGGGUUUCGCUUUCGACGGGGGGUUAUCGGGUUGGUGCAUGCGCGUUUUGCCGGAGCCACAGAGGACGCGGUGGGCUAAAAUGUUCAAAGUUUGA